AUGACUUUGGAUUUCCCCACUGUUAAGCAUGAGGAGUUGUUUCUAAUUAAGCAAGAGGGCACCCCUGAGCAGAAGCAAAUUGAGAUAGAGAAUAAUCAGCCUGCAUCAUAUAGGAGCCUGAGCUGUGACCCUAAAAAACAAGGAUUGCCAGAAACAGAAGAAAAAGAACAACCAGGCAAGGCUGAUGUGGUUCCAAAGCCAAUUACAGAAAGCCAAGACCUUGCAGUACCUUCACUCCAAAAUAAGUUGGAUAUCAAAGCAAAGGUAGAAAGGGUAUCCUACGACAGGAAUUUCUUGCUCCAAUUCAAAUCGAUCACGGAGGAACCAAAGGACUUUUCUGAAAUCUGUAAAAUCCACCAAGGCAUGGUUAUUAGACCUCACCUUCGGCCAGUGGAUCCAUCACAAUUAACUCGCAGAAAUUGGACACCUCAAUCUGCAAAUUCCUGCUACCCUUCUAAGGGUAAUCGCAGAUUGCCACCGGGAAUCCAUCAAAUGAGGUCUCCGCAAGCUCCUGUUAAAGAACAUCGACGAAUCCUUGAACUAAAUGAGAAUGUGAAACUGCAAAAAUGUGAAAAAGCUUGGAGACCUCCCAUGAAAAGGGCAACCGAAGAUCCCAGUAGAGUCAAGGCUGAAGAACUGUUUCGGAAAGUUCGCGGUAUCCUGAAUAAGAUAACUCCUCAGACAUUCGAGCACUUAAUUCACCAGGUAAAGGACCUCUCUGUAGACACAGAGCAUCAACUUAAAGGAGUCACAGAACUCAUAUUUGAAAAAGCAGUAGCAGAGCCUCAUUUUGCUGUUAUAUAUGCAAACAUGUGCAACUGGCUAAUGAGGCUUGAAGUCCCAACUGAAGAAAAUCGUGACGUGUGCAUUACAUUCCGCAGGCUGCUGAUAAGGCUCUGCCAGGUGGAGUUUGAGAGACGUGAAAAAGGUGGUGAAAGAAUUGAAGAACUUCAGAAGGAACUGGAGGCAACUAUAUCACCUAAUGAAAAGGCUCGAAUAAAGGAAGAAUUGAGUGAUGCCUGUAAAAGAGCACUCAGGCGAUCCCUUGGAAACAUCAAAUUUAUUGGGGAGCUAUUUAAAUUAAAGUUACUCUCAGAAGCCACCAUAAAAGACUGCCUUAUUAAGCUACUAAAUAAGAACACCGAGGAGUCCAUGGAAUGCAUCUGCCAGUUGUUGACAUCAGUUGGAAAACACCUUGAAAAUGCACAGCCUGGCAUGGACAAUUAUUUCAACAAGCUUAAUACCUUUAUUAAAAACAAGACCUCUUCUAGGAUUAGAUUUUUGGUGCAGGAUGUGCUGGACCUGAGGAAAAAUAACUGGGUACCGCGACACAAACCUGAGGGGCCAAAAACAAUUGACCAAAUUCAUAAAGAGUCAGAACAGGAAUCCAAAAAAAAAGUUCAGUAA